AUGUACCUGUCCAAUUACGAGUAUUAUUUCCUCCUCUCCCUGGUUAUAGUGCCAGUCUGCCUGUUCUUCAGACUGUGGUCUUGGCUGGGCUGGGAAUUAUUCGUCAAUAAUUGAAUUUCCACAUCAAAACAACAGUUUCAUAUUUAAAAUGUUCUUCCAUCCCUUAUAAAUGGCAUAAGUAUAUGUUAACAUAAAUGAUUAUGCGUUUCUCUUACCAAAAUAUACAAAUAGAUUUCCCUUAAUUAUAAGAGUUCAUUUUUGCAUUGACUUGACACUCGUUCUUCGUACAGACGAUAAUAAGGAAAUCAAAAAUAUAAAUUAUAUUUAUUAUUA